AUGCAGGUUUCACCAAAUAAUAACAAUCCAAUUGUUACCAAUAACCAGGUUCACAUCUUAGAAUACCGAGGAGCCCAGUUAGCGGCUUUCAAUGUGGAAGGUCGUGGUCUUCUAAUUUGUCUGCCUCAGGCAUUCGAAUUAUUUUUGAAACACUUUGUUGGUGGUCUUCACACCGUCUACACGAAGCUCAAGAGGUUGGACAUUCAACCAGUUGUUUGCAAUGUGGAACAGGUUCGAAUUCUACGUGGGCUGGGAGCGAUUCAGCCUGGCGUGAAUCGUUGCAAGCUUAUUGCUCCGAGGGAAUUCGACAUUCUUUAUGCCGAUUGUACGACUUCAAGGUGA